UCCGGAUCACCGCUAAUCAAAGUCGUCCCGACAGAAUUUAUUAUCAGUGAGCAUUCUUUGAAAUUAUUCCAUGCAUUCGAAAAAAAGUAUAUAUAUAUACAUAUAGUCUCGCGAGUAUGCAAUAUCACGUCGCCACCUGUCGGAUGCAAAAUCCAGUCCACCACAUUAGGUCCAUAAAAGAUGGAGAACAAAAACAAUUCACAAUUACGCUUUUUUCAUGAGUAAACAAACAGUUUUGCCUUGAUCCAUUGUAUUGUUCUAUCAAGUUCUAUUCAAAUAAAUAUUACCGAUUACUCAACACUGAUUGUGGGUUAUUUGUCGAUUGCUUGGGUUGAAAAUAUACUGAGUAGCUCUGAUUCCCGGUCUUUCACUCAGUCACAUCACAAACCUAACCUCAUCACUUCACUCGUGCUAGUGGUUGUAUAUGUGCAAAAAUUUUCAUUCAACUCGUGUGCAGUGUGUCAAAUAGAGGCGACUGAAAAUGAUCGUAAAUAUAAUAUAAAAUGAAGUUUCUUCACUUAAUUAUGUACGACAUUUAUCCUACUAUGAGCAAAAACUACUGUGAUGAUCUCGACGUUCAAGGAAGUCAAAAUAUUUAAAUAAUACAUAAUCACUUGCUUGUUGAGAAAUAAAAAAUGGGAAACGAAGCGCAAGUCAGCAGUAUUCUCAACAAAAUUUUGAAAGUUGAAUGUAUAGAAGAGGCAUUCAGCUGUAUUAUCGUGCACAAUCCAAGCAUAGAAAAAGAGAAGAUCACAGCAUGGCAGAAGGAACUAGCUGUUGCAAUGACUGGUUUGACCAGUGAACAACAAGAAAAUGUUAUAAUUCGAUUUUUGAAUGUCACUGGUGAAAUUACAAAUCACAAACAGAUGCAUCUUAUUCUUUCACUGUUAGAAAAUUUAGUUGCUACUAAUGUGUUGCCUUCUAAAAUGGUCUGUGAACGCAUUCUAAAUUGUGAAAAGUUACAGUACAAGAACAAAGAAUUUUGGAUAGAAUGUUUCACUUUGAUUCGACAUAUAAUCGGUGGAGUAGAUUAUAAAGGAGUUAGAGAGAUUAUGAAGUCAUGUAGAGAAAAAGCUUGUACCUUACCUGUGAUGUUGGAUGCAUCAGUGCAGUCACAAAUGAAAGUCUUAGAAAAUCUAAUAGAAUAUAUUUUUGAUAGGAAUGCUUGUUUACUUCCAAGCUACUUAAUUAUUAAUGAAAUAAUAAAUGACAGUAAACAGUGGCCACAUUGGAAGCUAGCAAAGUUGAUAUCUAAUUUCAUAGAUAGUUUUCGUAAUGUAGUGCAAAUGAUUACAAUAAUUGGACAUUCCAAAAUGUUACCAAUUGUCGAGCAUACUGGUUACGCUGAUUAUUUAGUUAGCCCAUGGCUUCUUGAUCCUAAUACAUUGCAAUUUUCUUUGAAAGGAAAUCUUCCAUAUGAUCAAGAAUUACUAAAACCUCAGACAAACCUUUUAAGGUAUGUGUUAGAACAACCUUAUAGUAGAGAUAUGGUUUGUUCAAUGUUGAGAUUACAAAAACAGCAAACUGCUAGAUGUGCAGCUUUAGAAGAACAAUUAGUAGAUUUAAUGAUAUGUAACAUGGAGAAAGCUGAAAAUGAGUCUACACCAGUUGAAAAUUCAGAUAAUGCCAUAUCAAAUUAUUUGCCUUGGCUGCAUUUGUCCUCACAGUUAAUUCAUUAUGUGGUUUUUCAGUUUGUUAGUUUUCCUAGCUUCAUUACGGCAAUUCAUGAUAAAUUAGCUGGUCGAGAAUGGAAAAAAGCAAGAGAUCACUUGAUGUGGGUAUUAUUGCAAUUCAUUUCUGGAACUAUCCAGCGGAAACCUCUAUCAACUUUUCUACCUAUCUUUCAACUCUAUGAUCUUUUAUAUCAAGAGAAAGAGCGAUUGCCAAUACCAGAUCUCACUCAAGUUAAAUGUAUUCAUGAAAUGGCUAUAGUUUGCAUUUGGUUACAAAUUGUUAGAAAAGCUCAGCAUGAACAAUUGAAAUGUUUUAGACCCAUACCUCUUAAUUUGAUGUCUCACUUUGAAUUUCUUCAUCAAGCUGUUACUCAACCUAAUUUAACUAUGGGAUCAGACUAUAAAAUAGUACUACUUUGUAAUGCAUACUCAACAAAUAGUCCAAACGACUACUUCACCAAGUCAAUGGCAGUGCUGUUUGAGUCAAUUCAAAAAAGCCAUCCACAACAACCAAUGCAAAAUCUUCAAGCUAAUCAACCAACGGUGAACAAUCCAACCACUCCUUUGUCAAUGGCAAUGCUCGACUCUUUGACUGUUCAUGCCAAAAUGAAUCUCAUUCAUCAAAUUGUUCAGCAUAUGGUCAAAACUGCCCAUUCCAAAAAUCAGAUGCCUCUUCCACCAGCUUUGGUUGAAACUUAUAGUAGAUUACUAGUUUAUACAGAAAUUGAAAUCUUAGGCAUCAAAAACUUUAUAUCUCAACUAUUACCUACAAUGUUCAAAGCUCAUGCUUGGGGUACUCUCUAUACGCUUCUAGAUAUGUUCAGUUAUAGAAUGCAUCAUAUUCAGCCCAUGUACCGCGUACAAAUUCUCAGUCAUCUGCAUAACUUAGCAAGUGUUCCUCAAACUAAUCAAACGCAAUUACACCUUUGUGUUGAAAGCAGUGCCUUGCGUCUCAUCACAGGACUUGGCUCUGCUGAGGUACAACCGCACCUUUCAAGAUUUUCAUCAGAGCCAAAAGUACUUAUUUCCGCCGAUUCUGAAGAACUUAAUAGGGCUUUAGUUCUUACAAUUGCGAGAUCGAUGCAUAUUACGGGUACUGGAGGAGAUGCAAUGAGUAGUACUUGGUGUAAAGAGUUAUUAAAUUCUAUUAUGCAAAAUACGCCUCAUUCAUGGGCUGACCAUACACUGCAAUGCUUCCCGCCGAUUUUAAGUGAAUUUUUCAAGCUGAAUAGCAUUCCUAAAGAAGAUAAGCAGCAGAUAAAGAAAUCCGUUGAUGAAGAAUACAGAAAUUGGAAGUCAAUGAGUAAUGAGAACGACAUUAUAGCUCAUUUUUCAGUUUCUGGCACUCCUCCCUUGUUCCUGUGUUUAUUGUGGAAAAUGAUUCUAGAUACUGAACGUAUCAAUCCUAUUACUUACAAGAUACUAGAGAGAAUAGGAGCUAGAGCUUUAUCUUUACACCUCCGCAAAUUCUGUGAUUACAUUGUAUUUGAAGUUUCCAGUAUAGCUUGUGACGGAACGUACGUCAAUAGAAGCGUAGAUGCUAUUAAUGAUAUGAUCUGGAAAUACAAUAUUGUUACCUUUGAUAGACUUAUUUUGUGCUUAGCUCUAAGAACAUUAGAAGGUAACGAAGCUCAAGUGUGCUUCUUUAUCAUCCAAUUGUUACUUCUCAAAUCCGCUGAAUUUCGAAGUAGAGUUCAAGAAUUCGUGAAAGAAAACUCUCCAGAUCACUGGAAACAAUCUAAUUGGCACGAGAAACAUUUGGCUUUCCAUCGAAAAUUUCCAGAAAAGUUUGCCCCCGAAGGAAUCAUGGAUCAAUCUUCCGGCAGUCCAAAUCAAUAUCAAAGCUUUCCAGCUUACUUUGGCAACGUAUGUCUCAGAUUUUUACCCGUCUUCGAUAUUGUCUUACAUAGAUAUCUUGAGUUGCCGAUACCGCAAGUUACGAAGAGUUUAGAAGUGCUUUUGGAACAUUUGGGAUGCUUAUAUAGAUUUCACGAUCGACCUGUUACUUAUCUGUACAAUACUCUUCAUUACUAUGAGCGCACAUUGCGUGAUAAACCGAAAUUGAAACGACGUCUCGUUACUGCAAUUCUAGGAUCUUCAAAAGAACCAAAAACACUUGGCUGGGCACUGUCUGAAGCUUACCAAAGAUUCAUAACUCGACCAGUCGAUGAUGUUCAAUGGCAGCCGGAGCUUGACUAUUACGUUCGGCUUGUUCAAAAGCUCGUCGAAACAAUGGCUGGAACUGCACAAUUUCCUCCAACUGAUUGGCGAUUUAAUGAGUUUCCAAACCCAGCUGCUCAUACUUUAUAUAUUACGUCUGUAGAGCUUAUGGCUCUUCCUGUAGCUCCAAAUGUGAUAGCAAAUAAUCUUUUAGACGUCGUAGCUAAAGGAUACACGGUCAUCCCAUCAGAUGAUAUCCACGCAUGGAUCAACUGCAUAGGAAUAAUAAUGGCAGCUUUACCAGAAUGUUACUGGUCAACUUUGCACGAACGCUUAGUUCAAACAAUCAGCAGUCCCGAACUCAUUACCUGGCAAUACGACAAUUUAACUCCGUUCCAAUUGUUUAAUUUUAAUUUAACACACAAUAGUUUUUUCGAUAAUAAGUACAGUUACAUGCUUGCUUUGGCACACUCCAUCUGGCAUCAUGCUGGUGUUGGACAAAUGUUUACUAUGGUUCAAUUUGUCAAAGAGAAGUUACAACCUAUAGUUAAUACCGAAGAACAAUUAAUCUUUGCCUGCCACUUGAUUGGACCUACUCUAAAUAGAUUUAACGUUGAGAGACCCAAGUGUAUAUCUGAUCUCACUGUUAUUUUGUACGAGAUGUUGGAGAAAGUCAAUCAUACUCAGAGCCAUCUGAAACAAAUGGAUCCUGUUUGUGAUUUAUUGUAUCAUUUAAAAUACAUGUUUGUUGGAAACUCCAUGAAGAACGAAGUUGACGCGAUAAUUCGUCGACUGCGUCCAGCUUUACAAAUGAGAUUGCGUUUCAUCGCACAAUUGAAUAUCGAGGAAAUUCAGUCGUCCUGAGGAACGGAUAAAGCUAACUUUGGUGCGAGUACUUCAACAAAUAUAGCUAAAGUACAAACUUAUGUUGGUGUGAGUACUUCGACAAAUAUAGCUAAAGUACAAACUUAAGUUAUAUAUUAUAUUUUUUUGCAUUCAAACAACUGUGUGUAGAUAAAUCCUGGUGAAAGGUAUAAUGAGAUGAUGAAAAAGUAAAAAUGUUUAUUUUGUUCAUGCGAUGAAUAGAUUUAUUUUUAUUACUAUUUAUAUGUCAUCUGACAAUUUAGUCGUAAUUUUAUUAUUCUUGAAGCAUAAACAUGUUCUCGAAUAUGUAAAUAUGUAAUUGUAACUGUAAGAAUAAUGUGAAUAACAAACCUCUUUUUUAAAUAAUCGCAAUUUUUUAAAUCUGUAUUUGAUCCCAGAGUUAAUAACUUAAAGAUAAAUUUUUAUGACUGAGUAUUAUUAUAGUAUCUUACUGCGCUGCUUUUAUCUUGAAGCUCCUAAAUUAAUUAAUUAGGCAUUUUAUUGUCACUGGGACAGACGCAACUUACAAACUGCGUGAAGCUCAUUAUUUUUGUGAUACAAUUCACUAUUAUUGUCACAAUGUGUUAUUCAUUGACACAAGUCUAUUCUCAUUUUCAAUAGCCUAU